AUGUUUAUUCUCCAGCGUGCCUUCCUCCUUGGUUUGGCUGCUGCUUCCUUGGUUACCUCACGGGCCACCGGGUAUGCUCCUGAUCAUGGCCAGAUUCUCAAGAGAGGUGUCCCCGAACGGCAGAGAGACAUGAGAGCCCCCGAGGAGAUUGUUAUUGGGAGUGAUACCUGGAAACGUGAAGAUAUCCUCGCAGCCAUCAAAAACCCUGUGAAUCCACCAAAGCCCUUUGGGAACCAUGGAGUGGAGUGGAAAGGCAACAAAUGGGUACCCAAGAAAAACUUAUUUGAAGGAGUUGGAGCAAAGCUGACGGAGAUUGAUUUGACCAAAAAUCCAUCUGUUCGCGGAAAAUUUCGGGCCAUCGUCACGGCGAAUAAAAACUUUGUUGGCAUCACAGAGCAUGCUGCAGAUAACAAUGUCAAAUCGGGUUGGGAUGUCAAGGCGCUCACUCGUGAAGGAAAAUGGAUCAAGCUCGGAGACAUCGCGGCGGCCAUGCAGAGCCAUGCAAAGGAAAGAAGAGACGACACAAAAAGAGACUGUGGUCCGGGCGAUAUCAGGGAGAGUGAAGUCGAGGACAAGGUAACUGGUCCCGAAAGGAAGAAUUGGCCAGCUGAGGCAGGCAAACAAGUUGAGAGUCCACCUAUUGAAGGAGAGGAGCCGCCAUCUGAGCCUGCUCCAGCUGAGAAGGAGCUUCAGAAAGUCCAAAAGCCAGCAGAACAGCUUCUCAAGGAUUCUCAAGCCGCUCGUACCGGGGCUGAGAUAGCUACCUCUGUGAAAGACGUGGAAGCUGCCCGCGCUAAAGCCGACACUGCCUUGAAGGCUCUGCAUAACAUUGCUCAGCAGACGGUUGAAUACAUGAUCAAGUAUAACGACUGGAUGUUCAUUGAGGACAACUUGAAACCUUUUCGUCUCUACAACCAGGCACGAGUAAAUCUCUUGUUGACCUCGUUGAGAGCGGACGAAAAAAUGGUCGAGGACUACAAAACCAAGUUUGACGAGAGCGUGAAAGAGCCAGUAUCUGACAAUGAGGUCACCACUGAGGCGGAAAAGUUUGCCUCCAACAUCAAGCAAGUGGUCGACAAGGUGCAAAAGGGUCUGGAAACCAAGACAGCCUUGAAGUCGAACCCGAAUAGUUUCCCCCCUCUUCAGCUCGGAAAGCUCAACCACCGUGAUGUGUUUGUACUCCAUAAACUGGAGGCAAAGGUUCUCGAGUCGGAAGUUUCGGCUACGGAAAAGGGUUUAGCUAAUGAGAUGGACAAGGGAGAUAUGGACAAGGGCGACAAGGACAAGGAGGUCAAGGAUAAGGAGGUCAAGGACAAGGAGGUCAAAAAUAAGAACAAAGAGAGGGAUAGUGGCAACAAGGAACCAGAGAAGGGACAAGACAAUGACAAGAAAGAGGAUGGAAAAAUGCUAGCAAAGAUACGAACAAGGGAACGGACAACAGCAGCCAUGAGCAAGACAGCGACAAGAAAACGGGAGCAAAUAAAGACCGCCCAAGAUCUAGAGAAGGGCAGCGGCAGCGGCUGGGUAAGUAAGACCUUGGGCGGCAUCGCCGUGACAGCCGGGACCCUCAUCGGCGACGGCGGCCUGAGCCAAGCUGCUAUGGUCACCGGUGCCACGGGCAUUGACGGUGCCGCGCUGACCGGCUCAUUUGCCGUCGGCGGCGUCACCGUCUUCUCCGCGCCGGUCUCCCUUGAAGUCAUCGCGGCCGAGGUGGACGCGGUGCUGGAGGAGAUCCUGCCCGGGGUCUGCAAUGACGCCAUCGGCGAGGUUUCCGUGCUCGCGCGCAAACGCCAGGAGGGCGAUUCGCCGGAGCUGAGGCGGUGGAGGGUCGCGGCUGUGGCGCUGCUUGCGCAGCAGGCUAUCGAGGAUUCGCUCGAGGAGGCGUUUAAGCAGGCCCAGCAGGAGAUAGGAAGCAAGUAG